AAAUAAGGCAAGGGCGGAACAAGCAUUUCGGUGGGAAGUGCAUGGGGGGGGGAGACGACGAAAGAUACGAGGAACAUUGAACUGUUCUCAUUGUUCAGUUUUUUCAAGUAUUAUUUAAAAGAAACAAACGGGAGAAAGAUGUCCUAUGAAACAAAAUAUAUAUUUGCUACAUUACCAAGAACACAAAGAGGACAACCCCUUGUAUUAGGAGGUGAUCCUAAAGGAAAAAACUUUUUAUACACUAAUGGUAAUAGUGUAAUUAUUAGAAAUAUUGAUAAUCCAGCUAUUACAGAUAUUUACACAGAACAUUCUUGUCCAGUUAAUGUGGCAAAGUAUUCUCCAAGUGGAUUUUAUAUAGCAUCAGGUGACCAAUCAGGCAAGGUACGUAUUUGGGAUACUGUCAACAAAGAACACAUUUUAAAAAAUGAAUUUCAUCCUAUUGGAGGGCCUAUUAAAGAUAUAGCAUGGUCACCUGACAAUCAACGUAUGGUGGUUGUUGGAGAAGGAAGAGAAAGAUUUGGUCAUGUAUUUAUGGCAGAAACCGGUACCUCUGUAGGUGAAAUCUCUGGUCAGAGUAAAUCUAUUAACUCGUGCGACUUCAGACCUGCUAGACCAUUUAGAUUAAUCACUGGAAGUGAAGACAAUACUAUUGCCGUUUUUGAAGGGCCACCAUUUAAGUUUAAAAUGACCAAACAGGAACAUACUCGAUUCGUUCAAGCUGUACGUUAUUCGCCUAGUGGUAAUUUAUUUGCAUCUGCAGGAUUUGAUGGAAAAGUAUUUAUUUAUGAUGGUACGAGCUCCGAUUUAGUUGGUGAAGUAGGGUCACCAGCUCAUCAAGGCGGAGUAUAUGGAGUGGCUUGGAAACCAGAUGGAACGCAGUUAUUAACUGCUUCUGGUGAUAAGACAUGUAAACUUUGGGACGUAGAAACUCGUUCAUUGAUUAGUGAAUUUAGUAUGGGAUUAACAGUCGACGAUCAACAAGUCAGUUGUUUAUGGCAAGACAAGUAUUUGCUAUCUGUAUCUUUGAGUGGCUUUAUUAAUUAUCUGGAUGUUGAUAAUCCUACAAAACCUCUUAGAAUAAUAAAGGGUCAUAAUAAACCAAUAACAGUAUUAACUUUGAGUCCAGAUAGAAGUAUAAUUUAUACUGGCUCUCAUGAUGGGUAUAUUACCAAUUGGAAUGCAAAGACGGGAGAGAACGAUCGUGUUCAGGGUCAUGGACACGGAAAUCAAAUUAACGGAAUGAAAGCUGCGAAAAAUUUACUUUAUACCGCUGGUAUCGAUGAUACUUUAAGAUCAGUUGAUAUCGAUACAAACACGUAUACAGACGCGGCUAUAGUUAAACUGGACUCCCAACCACGAGGUCUAGAUAUUUAUAAAGAUAUAGCUGUAAUUGCAACUGUUCGGCAGAUAACGCUUACACAAGAUGGACGAAAAGUAUCAAAUACACCAAUCGAUUAUGAACCAUCUUGUGUGUCAAUUAAUCAGGAAAAUGGUGAUGUAGCUGUAGGAGCUACAUCAGACAAUAUGAUUCGUAUAUAUACGUUAUCAGAUACGAAUUUAACUUGGAAAAUGGAAUUAGAACAUUUAGGUACAGUUACAGAUGCUGCUUACAGUCCUGAUAAUAAAUACUUAGUAGCGUGUGAUACAAAUCGAAAAGUGAUUCUUUAUACUGUGCCAGAAUAUAAGAGGCUUGCACACAAUAGAGAAUGGGGUUUCCAUAAUGCAAGAGUGAAUUCUGUAGCAUGGUCUCCUAAUUCGGCUAUGGUCGCAAGCGGUAGCCUUGAUACAACUAUCAUUAUUUGGAGUGUAACAAAUCCAGCAAAGCAUACUAUUAUUAAAAAUGCUCAUCCUCAGAGUCAAAUAACACGUUUAGUUUGGCUAGAUGAGGAAACAUUGAUCUCAGUCGGGCAGGACUGUAAUACUAAAAUAUGGCGUAUAGAAAAGAUUUAAUUAAUAUUUUUUAAAAAUGUGUCCUUCCUUCUUUUCAAAAGAGCUUAAUUUUUGAAUGCAUUUUAUUUAUUUCGUAGCCAAUGAAUGAAUAUUGUAUAUUAUUUUUUAAUACGAUUUUCUGAAUAAGAUUGAUUAGUCUGUAUUACGAUCAUUUACAUUCGGUAUAUCAGAAUAAUCAAAACUAAGUACACAGUAUAUACAAAUGAAAUUGCAAUAACACCAUUUUACAUUUUUGCGCAAUGUCAAUUAUAAACGACAAUUUUUUACAUACUAAAGUUAUUUUUUAACUAUUUACAAUGUAACGCGACGAAAGCAUACCCUCUUUUCUGAUUCUUCGAUUUUUACUGGGAAAUUGUAAAAUUAAUUGUGAAAAAGAAAGUCAAAACGAAAAAUAUAACUAAUGUCUACUUUGUCUUUAUUACAACAGCGUAACGAUAACAAGAAAACAGUAACAAUUCGAAAGGUUUCGAGGAACGUGAUCACGCUUUAAGUUAUUUGUACAUUUAAAAACAACAUAACCAAGAUCUUGCUUGCCUCAUUCUUAA